UUUGCAGAUUUAACCAACAUCAGAUCUUGGCUGAGCUUUCAUAGUUGGCAAAAAAUAAAUAAAAGCUUUUACCUUAGAGAUUAGACUGAUAAAUUGGGGCUGGUAACUUUAUUUGAAUGCAGUUCAUCGACGUUCCUGCUCCAUGUACGUCUUAGAAGAAGGCGGGGCCACAGAUUCCACAGAGAACAAGUCAAACCUGUGGAUCUCACAUCAGUCAUUCCAUGUUUGUCAGAAGAGGAAGUUCAGCCUGGUUCACAUGCCAUCUUUUAUUCAAAACUAUAAAAGCAUCUCCAUAGAUUGUUAUUAACCCUACGUAGCCCCGCCCUCUUUCCCCGCUGCUUCAUAUUCUUCCUCAUGGUUCAGUCUUUCUGGGUCCCUGUUCUUCAGGUAUGAUCCUUAACACCAACCAUCUGCAUGUCAGGAUGGUUUUCCUUCUUUAGCCUCCUGCUGAUUAUCUGGAUCAGGGGUUCCAGAUAAUCAGAUAAAUUCAGUUUUUACAUAACAACUGCACAUGUGGUUCCAAACGCCCCCUAGUGUUCCUAAAAUCCUAAUUUCUAAAUAGAUGGACUUUAUUGUCUGUUCAAUGAACAGAAAUUCAUCUUUCAACACGGCAGAAGACAUUCAAAUUUGAUUCAAUUGAUAAAAGCUAAAAAGUUAAUAAAUAUAUAGAAAAUCAGAAGUCAUAGAGAUCCUAAAAAUCCCAGAAUUCACCAUCCACAUACAUACAAUUGCAGUUGUAGUUUGAUUUUGAUUUAAAAUCAAAUUUAGCAGUAAAUGUUGUGAACGCAGCUCUGUGCAGCAGCUGAACAGAGUUCACAAACACUAACAGGAAAUAAAUUAAACAAAGUAAGAUAAUUCAAGCAAUAAGUAACAUAUACGACUGAGUUUUAAGAAAUUUUAAACUGAAACAUCUGAAAUAAACACCUUCUGGACUAAAAUUCACAAUUUCUGAUUCGCUGCUGAAGUCUGCCCUCUGCAGGUGAAACCUGGAAACUGCAGCAAUCCAUUACUGUCAAUGUGUUUAUUAUGUACGUUUAAAAAAAGGCUUUCGUUAAUGAACAAAGAAAAGUUAUAUAAAUAUGUUUUUCUUACUUUUUAGACAGAAUCUAUUGAAUUGCAUCAAUUUUUUCAGGAACAAAAUCCUAAAAUCAAAUCGACUACAGGGAGAAGCUGCAGAUCAAUAAAUGUUUUUCAGUGACUUGUGGAACUCCGCCCCUUCAGGGAAACCCUUUCUCCUCAUCUCACACAAAAGAGGAAAAGAAAACACUGCUGCACACUGAUAGACCAGAAUGUGUAAAGUCGCUAUAGUUUUGUGUGUGUAAUAAACAAAACUGUUACACCAACACAUUUUUUCAGACAAUUUCUUUAGCAACAAAUCUAAUUUAGUAAACGUCUCCAAACCCACUGCGGUGUCGUCACUGUGAUUAUGUUGUGAAAGUUAUAGGAAGCAGAUCUUUAUUCCAGAUCAAACAGUACCUGCUGGAACAGGUGACUAAAGGGUCUAACUGAUGAAGAACUAUAGCACAGAUCUGGAUUCUGAUAUGGAGCGUCUAGAGCUGAUGGCUCUUAAGAUGUUUAAAAGAUAAAAAUGAUCUUCAUUUUAAUUAACAUAAAGAUAAUAUCUGCUGCUCCUGGAAGCUUUGAACCUCACGUAUGACACCAUUUUUUCUUUUUUUAAUUUGCUCUAUGGAAAUGAAAUUGGUGAUGCUCAGCGGUGUAGUGGUUAGCACUCUGGCCUCACAAGAGGUUCAAAUCCCAGCUGGAGUUUGGUGUUCUCCUUGAGCACGUGUGAGUCUUCUCCCACAGUCCAAAAACAUGUUUUUUCCUGGGUUAACUGUUGUCUUUUAAUUGCUCUUCGAUGUGCAUGUGAGGGCGUGGUCCUGCAACAAAUGGCAGGGAUAGGCUCCAGCAACCCCAUAGCACCAACAGGAUUUGAGUGGGAUCAGAAAAUGAAUGGAUGGGUAAUGACAUUAUUUUUUUAUACAUUAUUGACGUAUCUAAAAAGAAUCCAGUUAAUGUUACUUUUCUGAGCAGAAACUGAGCAGAAAGUUGCGCUUAUGUUUUUGGGCUGCUGCCACUAAAGAUCCACUAGAGAGCAACAGAGUGCCAGCACUGGCGGUUGCCAGGAUACGGAAUCUGACAACAGAGAUGGAGGCACAGCUCAAGAACACAGACAGCGUCGGUGCGGCGCCUCUUGGCCGCUGGAGAUGGAGCGACGAGACUCAGCGGAUGGAGUUUGUCAGCUGUCGAGCUGAGGAGGAGGAUGCCCUCAGGAGGCGGAGCCAGCCCGACACCGACUUCCUGGAGCUUCAGCUGAGAGCGGAAUGGUUGGCUGGAGUAUACGCCACCAACCAUGGGGGGCGUCACACCAGAGUGAGCAGGAUGGGAACCACUGAGCUGGAAACCUUCAGGACGUCUUUGAUGGAGCAGCAAGGAGAAACCGUCACAGUGCAGGAUGUCAAGCGCAAGUGUCAGAAAUCUCUAGUUCAUAAUAAGGUGGCGGUCAGUCUGCUGCAGGAUAACCACACGCCCCCUAUUCCAGCCUGUUUCUUGGAUAUCCUGAGGAGCAGAGAACUUGAUGAUGUCAUCACCGCUCUGCUUCUGUACCUGAGCUGCUUCCUUGAGCUUGAACCGGAGACGCCAGCAGCUUCGGAAGGCAGUGUCAGUGAAAAAGUAGCCUCUGACCAACAGAAGAACAUUUGGUCUAAGUUACAAGGGGCUCAGAGGAAGCUAGCUAUUAGCUACUUUAGCCUCAUGACAGAAAAGCAUCCACAGAAUCCCAGAAUCCACAAAUGUUUCAACAAAACAGAGAGUCUGCUGGAUGCUAGUCUGUACAGCUUCCUGUGCUGCGUCGCCUGGGUGGCUUUCCGCAGAACGCACAUGAAGGAAAUCCAACAUGAGGUGGGGCGACUGCUCUACUCUGACACCUUCAACGCAGCUAUUAAGGAGAAGAUGAAUGAAGAAUCAGAGGGAACCUCAGCUGUUGCAUCAGCCAGUCAAAGAACUACACUGGACCUCAGCCAUGUGGCCUCGCAGCGAUCCCCUUUGAUGAUUUGUCUGCUGCCUUCGCCCAAAGACCGCUCUCCCCAUCUGUUUUCGAGGAGCCGGGGGCGGAGUCAUGGCUCGCCAUGGACGAACCUUUGUUCCUCGAGAGCUUUGAUGGAGCAGUCGAAGGAGCGGCCAGCUUCCAGCAGUUCUUCCAUUCUUGGGAAACCUCUCAGUCAGUUCUGCCGCAGCAGCCUGAGACCUCUAGAGGAACGGAUGGAAACCCAAUGAAGAGGAGAACGUUACACCAGACUCACCUGUUUAUGUGGUUCUACUUGUAAAAUGUAUAUCACUCUUACAACACUUAGAACUAACUUAUUAAGAUCCUUUAUUUAAAAAAAUUAACCUGAGAAUGAAUCAAAAACGGAUUACAAGCGCAAGCAACAGUGUUUACUACUGUAUAUCAUAAGGUGCACCAGAUUAUAAAGUCAAUGAAUGGUUUAUUUUUGAGCUUAUGUCAUAUAUAUCAAUGUAUCCUCACUCCAAACUCUUCAUAUAUGGACGUAUGGUUCAGGCCCCCUACGCGCCACUUUUUGACGUUUUGGGUGUCCCCAACUCCUCAUUUUUAGUCAUGCUGGCUGAUCCCAUUAAAUCAUGGGUGCCCAACCCUCGGGACGCAGUACCAGACACAAAACCGGUGCUGGGUUAGGGUACUGGUCCAUGACAGGUCCGGUCUAUGUCUCGGUUCCAGACUUGUGCUGGUCUGCGUCCCUAGGGUCGGGGACCCCUGGUUAGCAUAUGCCUUUUGUCUGGCCCAGCACCAAGUGGCCCUCGGACCGGUACCAGUUUGUGGCCCAGAGGUUGGGGACCUGUGGUUUAAUGGGAACAGCCAGCACAUUAAAAAACGACGUUUAUCGUGUUGAAAAUACAGUAAAGAAAAAUGUUGCACCUCUCAUGUUUUGCAGAUGUUAAAUUAAUGUAUUGUAGAGUAGGGAACGGACAGGAGAAAUUGAGUGCUGCUGAAACAAACAGAUUACAGGCCUUUCAGAGGGUCGGAUACUGUUUUCUGUGACAUGAACCCGAAGGUAGGAUGGUCAGGUCAGUACAGAGUAUGAUGAGUCAAACUCAGCUGACAUGUCAUGAACGUUUAAACAAGCGUUUGCCUUCAGAACUCACUGAAAAGUUGCCAAAAAAAACAAUCCUGUUUCAAAUUUGAUAAAUGGACAUGAUUUGCUCAUUUCUGUGUAUUUUCUUCCCAUAAUUUCCUAUAGGUUUUUCUAAAAAUCCUCACAUUGUAUAUUAAAUGAAUGCAAAGCUGCCAACAUG